AUGGAACGAGGAACGCCACAAAGGAAAACAGUGUACCGGAUCUCUCUCACCUUGGUAAAGAAAGAGAGCUUGGAGGAGGAGGAUGGUGUUAGCUGCGGGAGCUCGGGACCACGACGUCUCGAGAACCCCAAAGUGGGCGCUUACCGUCGCGAGGUCUCCUCGGAGCUCCAGAGGAGUUGUCUGCUGGAAGAGCUGAAAGAAGUCGAGGAUGAAAGCGACGAGUUCCACUCACACAAUAACUACAUGAGAAAUUUCAGGACAUUCAGCACAGGACAAUUAGAAAUGGGAAGGCUUAAAAUUAAAAAGAAGGCUCAUCAGUUACAUAAAGAGUUAAAGGAAACGGCCACUAGCCCCUCCACAGAGCACGGAAACAACAGCCAGGCCUCAGAGAACACUACGGCCUCAGAGAAGACUAUGUCACCACAGAGUCAGAAGAAAUCACAGGGGAUAAGCUGGACACAGGAAAGCUCAGAAACUGACUUGAGGCUUAAAGGGGAUAUUUGCACUGAGACUGAAAAAACCUUGCGAACAUCUGCUGCCAAUGGGGAGAAUGGGAGUGCUGAUAAGAAGAAAAGGCUUCUGAAAGCCAAGAGCACAGAGGAGAAGGGCAGUGAUGCUCUAACUAAUGGGGACGGGGUUAAGGACAAGUUGUGUGCAUCCAAAAGUAACGGGAAAGCCGCCAAGGCCUCUCCCGAGACCCCGCCACUGAAGAGGCACCCCAGCCUGCUUCGCCGGAGCUUCAGUUUCCGCCACUGGACGGGUGGCGAACUGCUCCGCAUCCGGGCCCUCUCCAAAGACAAGCACCACAGCAGCUCCGGGUGCAUCGGCCGCGGAGACGGAUCAGCCGGGGACGACAACCAGACCCCCCAGUCCACAGUCCUCCAGAACCCGGCUUACGAUGAGACGGGACCGCCUAAACGAAACACGUUAGAAGUCGGGGCUGUCCUCAACAAGACUGACUCGAUGACUGAGCUGAGCCGCUGGGAACGAGCGAAAGGCAAAAACCGCACAUUGGACAACAGCGACCUGCUCACUCUUUCGAUGAAGAGUGUGUCGGAGAAGGAGGGGUUUCUGCGUGGCACCGGCGCCCGCUCCAGUGGCUCGGACCGUCGGCUGGUCAGGUUUUUCAGCGGUAUCUUCUCCAGGAAGGAUGGAGGGAGGAUGUCUACCUCCACUCCGGUGGGCAGCCCCAGCACUAACCGCUCCCUGAGGAAGGGGAAGAGGGGUGGUCUCAUGGCCUACUCCCAGUCCAGCACAGAGAGUGUUAACGGAGGAGGAGGCCUGUCAUCAGAGGGUAAAGGAUGCUUUUCUUUAUACACACAUUCACACACACCAGUUGUAGCUACGGUGUCCUUUCAGAUAUGCUCAGAAGGGUCUAUGGGUGGUUUUUGGCCUGCGCCUCUCUCUCCCCUCUCUCUGCCUCUCUCUCUCUCUCUCUGCCUCUCUCUCUCUCUCCCCCCUCUCACAGCCUCUCUCUCCCCUCUCUCUGCCUCUCUCUCUCUCUCUCUCCCCCCUCUCACAGCCUCUCUCCCCUCUCUCUGCCUCUCUCUCUCCCACCUCUCACAGCCUCUCUCUCCCCUCUCUCUCUGCCUCUUCUCCCCCUCUCUCCCCCUUCACAGCCACUCUCUCCCCCCUCUCUCUUCUCUCUCUCUCUCCCUCUCUCCCCCUCUCCCCUCUCUCUCUCCUCUCCUCUCUCUCUCCUCUCUCUCUCUCUCUCUCUCUCUCCCCUCUCCCUCUCCUCUCUCUCUCUCCUCUCUCUCUCCUCCUCUCUCUCUCUCCUCCCUCUCUACCACUCUCUUCUCUCUCCUCUCUCUUCUCUACUUCUCUCUCUCACCUCUCUCUCCUCUCUCUCUGCUCUUGCUCUUCUCCCUCUCAAGCCUCUCUUCUCUGUCCUCUUGCUCAUUCUUCGUCAAGCUUCCAUUAUUUCUGCUUCUUCUCUAACAGUCUUUCUCCUGUCUCUCUGUGCAGCUGCUGUUCUUUCUUAUGUAGGCUUUGUUGUCAGAGGUCUUCUUCUCUAUGCUGUUUCGUUUGUCUUUCAGUUAGCCUAGUGCUGUUGUCAGAGGUUCAUAUAGUCUGUGCUGUUGUCAGAGGUCAUAGUUAGUGCUGUUGUCAGAGGUUCAUAUAGUUAGUGCUGUUGUCAAGGUUCAUAUAGUCUAGUGCUUGUUGGUCAGAGGUUCAUAUAGUCUAGUGCUGUUGUCAGAGGUUCAUAUAGUCUAGUGCUGUUGUCAGAGGUUCAUAUAGUCUAGUGCUGUUGUCAGAGGUUCAUACAGUCUAGUGCUGUUGUCAGAGGUUCAUAUAGUCUAGUGCUGUUGUCAGAGGUUCAUAUAGUCUAGUGCUGUUGUCAGAGGUUCAUAUAGUCUAGUGCUGUUGUCAGAGGUUCAUAUAGUCUAGUGCUGUUGUCAGAGGUUCAUAUAGUCUAGUGCUGUUGUCUGAGGUUCAUAUAGUCUAGUGCUGUUGUCUGAGGUUCAUAUAGUCUAGUGCUGUUGUCUGAGGUUCAUAUAGUCUAGUGCUGUUGUCUGAGGUUCAUAUAGUCUAGUGCUGUUGUCUGAGGUUCAUAUAGUCUAGUGCUGUUGUCUGAGGUUCAUAUAGUCUAGUGCUGUUGUCUGAGGUUCAUAUAGUCUAGUGCUGUUGUCAGAGGUUCAUAUAGUCUAGUGCUGUUGUCAGAGGUUCAUAUAGUCUAGUGCUGUUGUCAGAGGUUCAUACAGUCUAGUGCUGUUGUCAGGGUUGUCUGUGGCUUGUAGGGAGGCUGGCAGUUCUUCAGUCUAUCUACAUCUGUGAGGGAAAAAAUAUGCAGCUGGCACAAACAUGAAGAGAAGGAUGUUUUAAUCCAUAGCUACCUACUGAUUCAUCUGCUUGCUUUAUCACACACACACACACCACACACACACACACACACACACACACACACACACAACACACAACACACACCACACCUCUGCAUCCUCUUCCACUUGUGGAAAGUGUGAUAUGAUAGAGGAAGUGUGUUGUUCCAUUCAGACCUGCCAACUCACUUUAGUCUUCCUCUGCCUAUAUGGCCAGAGGCUCUCUGACUGGCUGGAUGGCUAACUGCAGAUCCCCUAAAAGCAUCAGUCUCUUGACUCCCUGUAUUGUUACUGGCCAGUUCCCUCUUCAAGGGGGUCUCAGGAAUUCCGGCAAUGUGGAAGCCCCCCUAGCCCUAUCAGGGAUGGUGUCAUCGAAGUCCAUUAAGUCUCCCUCUGGCCCCACCCACAUCCUCGCCAACAUCCUCCACCCACACCCACCACACCUCACCUAACCCAAACCCCCCCCACUCCCUCUGAACCCCCCAGCCCCCCUACCACACCUAACCCAACACCAGCCCCCCCCUCUCCCCACCCUAUGCCCCACCACACCCUACCCCAACACCCACCCCACUCCUAUGCCCACCCAACACCCAGCCCCACCUCCCUCUGGCCCCACCCUAACCCAACACCCAACCCCACCUCCCUCUGGCCCCACCCUAACCCAAACACCCAGCCCCACCUCCCUCUGGCCCCACCCUAACCCAACACCCAGCCCCACCUCCCUCUGGCCCACCCUAACCCAACACCCAACCCCACCUCCCUCUGGCCCCACCCACUCCCUAACCCAACUUUUCUCUGUUGACCCUCCCUCUAACUGGUUAAUGGUGGCAGGUAUGGUUGUGUGUGUGUGUGUGUGUGUGUGUGUGUGUGUGUGUGUGUAUUUGGAAGGCAGGUUAGAGAGUAAGGGAAUGUGUGUGGAUAUGGGUGUAUGUGUUAGGGGGGCGUAUGACCUACAUCUCCAGCCAUGCAGAAGUAAUGUGAGGGACAUGCGUGUCAAAAGGCAGCCUGGUGAGAGUGUGAUUUAUUUAUUUUAGCUGACUGAGGAUACCCCGGAGGAGUCGGUCCUCUCUCCUACUCACUCUCACAGAGCUUCAUGCAGAUAUACUCAGUCAUUUACUCAGUCACUCUCUGAGCUUCAUGCAGAUAUACUCAGUCACUCUCUCAGAGCUUCAUGCAGAUAUACUCAUUAAUUUACUCAUAGUCACUCUCUCAGAGCUUCAUGCAGAUUUACUCAGUCACUCUCAGAGCUUCAUGCAGAUAUACUCAGUCAUUUACUCAGUCACUCUCUCAGAGCUUCAUGCAGAUUACUCAGUCAUUUACUCAGUCACUCUCUCAGAGCUUUAUGCAGAUUUACUCAGUCACUCUCUCAGAGCUUUAUGCAGAUAUACUCAUUAAUUUACUCAUAGUCACUCUCUCAGAGCUUCAUGCAGAUUUACUCAGUCACUCUGAGGUUCAUGCAGAUAUACUCCGUCAUUUACUCAGUCACUCUCUCAGAGCUUCAUGCAGAUAUACUCAGUCAUUUACUCAGUCACUCUCAGAGCUUCAUGCAGAUAUACUCAGUCAUUUACUCAGUCACUCUCUCAGAGCUUCAUGCACACUGACAAACACACUUAUAUAUUACUAGGUCACAUUGCUCGCUUGCCUAGUUUGUUACACACACACACACACACACCACACAACACACACACCACACACACACACACACACACACACACACACACACACACACACACACACACACACAUCAGAGGGGCUCAUUUGACUUGCAGCUCAGUGCUCAGUGUCUGUUAACUGGCUGAGAUGAGGCUAGUUCUUUUUAGUUACAGCUUCUUUGAUCUCUCUCUCUCCAGCACACUCUUAUUUUUCUCUCUUUUGUUUCUCUCUCUCUUUAUCUCUUCUCUCUCUCACACACACACACACACACACACACACACACACACACACACACACACACACACACACACACACACACACACACACACACACACACACACACACACAGUGACUACUGCAGUGGUGAUAUGAGACCCACUCCCACAAUGGGUAUAAUAGGAGUAAAAUCCAGUUAGGACUGUAGCCAAGGGGGAUUGAUGUUGUUGAGUGUUGGUCCUACUAGAUUCCUGCAGCUGCCAUCUCCACUAGUUUGCCUGGCUCUCUGUUCUGGGAGAUCUCAGUUUUGCCUCUUCUGGCCGGGAGGAUCUCCUAGUUUCUCUUUCUGUCCGGGAGGAUCUCCACUAGUUUUGCCUGGCUCUCUUCUGUCUGGGGAGGACUCCAUAGUUGGCCGUCUCUUCUGUUCUGGGGAGGAUCUCCACUAGUUUGGCCUGGCUCUCUUCUGUCCGGGGAGGAUCUCCACUAGUUUGGCCUGGCUCUCUUCUGUUCUGGGGAGGACAGCAUGGCUAGAAGAGACAAUAAUACUGUUUUUCUUUCCCAGAGGAAGUGUGUCUGUUUGUGUUUGUGUUUGUGUGUGUCUGUGUCUGAUAGACUGAGUGUGUCCGUGAGUCUAGUCCUAUAUGUGUCUGUAUUGUGUGUGUCUGAUAGCCGUGAGUCUAGUCCUAUAUGUGAGCUAUUGUGUGUCUGAUAGACUGAGUGUAUCUGUGAGUCUAGUCUUAUAUGUGUCUGUAUUGUGUGUGUCUGAUAGCCGUGAGUCUAGUCCUAUAUGUGUCUGUAUUGUGUGUCUGAUAGACUGGGUGUAUCUGUGAGUCUAGUCCUAUAUGUGUCUGUAUUGUGUGUCUGAUAGACUGGGUGUAUCCGUGAGUCUAGUCCUAUAUGUGUCUGUAUUGUGUAUUGUGUGUUUUCCUCUCUCUCCCUAUUUGACGAAUGAUCAGAGAUGAGAGUGAAACAGGACUGUCCCUGCUUGUUAUCUUUAUGCACAAUGUUCUAAUGAUCUACAUUGUCUCAGUAGGACUGACAUCCCCUCUGUCUGUCAAUCCUGGUCUCUAUUGGGAUGUCAGUCAGUCAGUCAGACCAGGUCUCUAUUGUGGUAUCAGUCAGUCAGCCAGUCUCUAUUGUGAUGUCAGUCCAGGUCUCUAUUGUGGUAUCAGUCAGUCAGACCAUGUCUCUAUUGUGAUGUCAGUCCAGGUCUCUAUUGUGAUGUCAGUCAGACCAGGUCUCUAUUGUGAUGUCAGUCAACCAGGUCCUAUUGUGAUGUCAGUCAGACCAUGGUCUCUAUUGUGAUGUCAGUCAGACCAGGUCUCUAUUGUGAUGUCAGUCCAGUCCUAUGGUCUCGAUUGUGACGUCUCAGGAUCCAGGUCUCUAUUGUGGAUGUCAGUCAGACCAGGUCUCUAUUGUGAUGUCAGUCCAGGUCUCUAUUGUGAUGUCAGUCAGACCAGGUCUCGAUUGUGAUGUCAGUCCAGGUCUCUAUUGUGAUGUCAGUCAGACCAGGUCUCGAUUGUGAUGUCAGUCAGACCAGGUCUCUAUUGUGAUGUCAGUCAGACCAGGUCUCUAUUGUGAUGUCAGUCAGACCAGGUCUCGAUUGUGAUGUCAGUCAGACCAGGUCUCGAUUGUGAUGUCAGUCAGACCAGGUCUCUAUAGUGAUGUCAGUCAGACCAGGUCUCUAUUGUGAUGUCAGUGUAUAUGUUCUCCACCUUGACCUGACUCUGUUCUGUGCUCCGUGUCCUCUUAUUUAAACAGUUCCUGUGACCAGCAGAGCAGACAUGGUGUGUGUGUCUGCGUGCAUGCCCCUGUCUGUUUCUCUGUACCUGCAGUCUUUCCCUCUAUUCCUCCUUCUGUGGCUGUGUGUGUUUCUAACUCUGUCUCUGAGCCUCCAUGCAGUAAUGAGUCCACUGUGGCCUGUUCUGGCUGUGUAGAGUAGAGACAUGGAGUCAGGACUGUAAAAAUAACCAUCGUGUACUGGUAACUAACCAUAGCAGUGACAGUGGGGGUGCAGAGCAGGCACUGGAGCAGCCACUGGAGCAGCCACUGGAGCAGCCACUGGAGCAGGCACUGGAGCAGGCACUGGAGCAGGCACUGGAUCAGCCACUGGAGCAGGCACUGGAGCAGGCACUGGAUCAGCCACUGGAGCAGCCACUGGAACCAACACAGCCAGUGAACAUGACAUAGUCCUACUGUAACACCUAGCAACCCUCUCUUAUUAUUAUACAUUUAUUUAUUUUAUGUUUUUACCCCCCUUUUCUCCCCAAUUUCGUGAUAUCCAAUUGUCAUCUUGUCUCAUCGCUGCAACUCCCCAACGGGCUCGGGAGAGGCGAAGGUGGAGUCAUGCGUCCUCCGAAACAUGACCCGGCAAACCGCGCUCCUUAACACGGAAGCCAGCCGCACCAAUGUGUCAGAGGAAACACUGUUCAACUGACGACCGAAGUCAGCCUGCAGGCGCCCGGCCCGCCACAUGGAGCGACUGGUUUUUGAUGGCCUUGGAUUCUUUGGUCUCUUGCUCUUGGCCAAAUCUCUUAUGAUUGAUGCUGUGUGUGUGUGUGUGUGUGUGUGUGUGUGUUAGGCCUUCUGAACUGUACCUGCACUGUGUUGUUUGGCUCAGUAGGACACACACACACACACACACAGUCCCUCUCUGUGCUUAUUAGCCAGCCAUUGGGUCGCCCUGUGGUGCCUUCACAGGGGUCAUCAUGGUGUUAAAGAGCAUGCGUAGGGGCGGUGUGUGUUAGGGGGGAGGCAUUGUUGGGAGGUCGAGCCUUCACAGCGAGCGUACAACUGCCCCGUCUCCUCUCCUCCAUUCCCUUCCCCCACUCCUUUCUCCUCCCUUCCCCCACGCUUUCUCUCCUCAGACGCUGCUUCUAGCUCAUACUCUGCCCCAACUUCAGCUUCAACCAAAAGUUUUAUGUAGCGGUGUGUAUGUGUGUGAGAGAGAGAGAGACAGGGUUUCAAAGAGGCCAGUGAAGCACAUUCCUCUCUGGAGUCAGGACCGACACACCGACCCUGAAGCAUGUGUGUGUUCUUGUGUGUCCUGCGUAGAAAGCUGUGACUCCUCCCCUCCUGACUUCCUUGUAGUCAUGUUGCCAGGGGCCUGGAGAGAGUGAUGCUGUGUGUCGUGUGUGUGUCAGUGUGUGUCAGUGUGUCUCACGUGUGUGUGUGUGUGUGUGUGCGUGUGUGUGUGUGUGUGUGUGUGUGUGUGUGUGUUGUGUGUGUGUCAGUGUGUGUGCGUACAUACGCAUAUACAUUGUGUGUGUGUGUGUUGCUCUCCCCUCCAGCAGAGGCCUGGCUCUAACCUAAUCCUGCAGAGGGAGGGAGGAGUGCUAGCCAGCGUUAUGUCCUUACAUACUGCCUCACGUCCACACAGGGUAAUGACAAGGACACACACUGACUGAUGCAACAGCACACAGUCCCUCCUGGGACAUCACUAGCCCUCUCCUUCCCUACGUACAACACACACACAUAGACGUACAACACACACGCGCGCCUCACAAAUGCAUCACACACUGAUAUACAAUACACACACACACAGACACACACACAGACAGCAACUCACACAGUACUUUAGAGAACACUGUCCUUUUCAUUUUAGCAUUCAGCUCGAUCAUCUGAAGAACAAAGCAAGUCCUCUAAUUACAGUGGAAAGGUCUCAUUUGCUGCCAUAUCUGUGGUAAUAUUGUGACAGCCUUGUACAGAUGUUGGGAGUGAAGCAUCCCUGGUGCAUUGUUCCAACUGACUCUGAAUGCAGAGUAGACUGUCAGCAUUUCAGUUAGGAUCACAUAGGCACAGUUCUAGGAUCAGCUUAUCCAAAUCCUAUCCUAUUAAACCAUUUGAGGUUUGAAAACUUUAAACUGACCGUUUGUUGGUGUGUAGGGUGGAAAUGUUAACUUACUCCAAAUUUCAGAGACCCCAAUGAAUCAUUAUCGCAAGAGAUAUCUGCAUCUAUCGAAUACUCGCUUUCGUUCGAGCGAUCCUCGAGAUCUAGAGUCUUCUCUCUCUCCAUCUCUCUCUCUAUAUCGCUUUGAGCUCCUUAUCUCUAUCCUCUCUCUCUCUCUCUCUCUCUCUCUCUCUCUCUCUCUCUCUCUCCCCCUCCUCCUCUGUCUUCUCUCUUCCUCUUUCCCCCUGAGACCUAGUUGGGCCAGUCCCAUUGGGAACUAUUCAGAGUUCUAACGUUACAGUAACGUUUUGUGAACUAUAAUGAUAAUCCUCUCUCUCUGUUGUCUCAGCCUUCAUCACCUCCACUGUCCCCUAGGCUCGUUAUGUCUGUCUCACCCUGACACACACACACACACAGAGGAGUGACUGUUGGUCUGGUCUGGUGACCUGCGAGGAGAAAGACCCCUAUUGGUUCCAAUGCGUUCUAAAUCUGUCUGCUCUAGCUGGCUGAGUCUCCACUGGUUGUGAAUGACCACCGGCUUAUCCCACUGAUUAAAUGGACUCAUCUAAUCGCUAGCCUAACCCCCUGUGUUUGCACACUAUGCUGGGAAACCUGAAAGUGAGCUUGUCGUGUGUGUGUGUGUGGACAUGGGGGGUAGGACUAGCUAUGAUAAUGAUUAGGGCUUUUUUUAGGAUGGUGAUUAAAGCAACAGCACCCACUGCCAAGUGUGUAUUGGGAUCAGCGUUCAUGAGUGUGGUGUGUGUGUCACGCUUCACUGAUUAAAAAGGCUGAUAUUGAGGUCAACGUGUGUGUGUGUGUGUGUGUGUGUGUGUGUGUGUGUGUGUGUGUGUGUGUGUGUGUGUGUGUGUGUUCCAGUAGAUUAGAGCUACAGAGUGCAUGCUCAGGGGAUCGGCAGAUGCUCAGCAGCAGGGGACCAGAGAGAGAGAGGAUGGUGUCUGUUUAUGUACUGUAUUCUAUAGAACGCAACACUCUUUUCACCGCAGCAAUGUAGCUCCAACUGUGGCAGAGCAAGAUGUAGGGUGUCCAAUCACAAAUGCAUCUUUUGACCAAUGGGUCAAAUAAUGUUAAUUGUGUAGAUAAUCCUCUAAGAAAACCAAUGGUCCAACCCUCAAGUCUCUAUCACAAUCUGUUCAAAAGUUAUUGGAGUUUUUACCCUUGUAGGAUGGCCAGAAUUAGGGCGACUAAAUCAAUGGAGGCCAGAGGAAGAAAAGUAGUUAAAAAUCUGGAAAAUGUCAUGGCGUCAGCUAGGCUGGAUUCUGUGCAGGAAUGAAGGCUACUGGCUACCUGACAGGAUCACUUUCCAGUUGAAAGCACGACACAAAACAAUAUAGCGGUAAGAUGGAUAUCGAUUUUGAGACAUGGCAUGUAGUAUUUUCAUAUUUUAGUAUGCGGUUUUCAUAUUUGAAAAUUCCUGUUAUUUUUUGGAAGAUUUCAUACAAAAACAAGCAUAUCUCUGAUAAAUGGAGCACUGAGCACAUACCAAUAUGUUUUAUUUUCAAAGCAUUGUACAUUUAAUUCAGCUCAUGUCAUGCUAAUUUUGCUGAAUUUUGAAGACGACCACCACAAAAUGUAAAAUCCUCAAAAGUUGUUUACGAGAAACCUGCACCGCUAUGUGAACAGAGCUCAGAGCUUAUUAUCUAAUGUAUUAGGUUACGAAAUCCGACUUUUUGGAUUUAAUUUUAAUGAUAUGUUAGCGAAAGACCCCACUGAACGAUUCAGAACAUGAAUAAUCAUAUUUGUCUUGGUAAAAUGUAUUUUAUAAUGUAAGGAAGUGAAGUUUCAUCACCAAACAGCGUUUUCACCCACUCUGGGUAGAGUGGGUGGACAUCCUAGAUGAUGCAAGCAUUAUGCUAUAGGCUAGUUACAGUAGCAAGCCAUUAGACUACCUGAGUUUUAGAUAGGUAGCUAGCUAUUCAACUCGCGUAGACCUAGCAUUUUAACAUCAGUAGACUAGACUGAAUCCAACCACACAAGUCACAACGGUUUCAGUCUCCCCAAGCUGACUGAAAAGCCUGUGCUCUGACUGAAUGUAAAUGUCCCCUGUCUAAAUGGGAUCUUUCUGCUGGCCUGGAAGAGGAGAGGAGCUGGUUGGAAAGAGCUACAGUUGAAGUCGGAAGUUUACAUACACUUAGGUUGGAGUCAUUAAAACUUGUUUUUCAACCACUCCACAAAUGUCUUGUUAACAAACUAUAGUUUUGGCAAGUCAGUUAGGAUAUCUACUUUGUGCAUGACACAAGUAAUUUUUCCAACAAUUGUUUAGACAGAUUAUUUCACCUAUUCACUGUAUCACAAUUCCAGGGGGUCAGAAGUUUACAUACACUAAGUUGACUGUGCCUUUAAACAGCUUGGAAAACUCCAGAAAAUGAUGUCAUGGCUUUAGAAGCUUCUGAUAGGCUAAUUUACAUCAUUUAAGUUAAUUGGAGGUGUACCUGUGGAUGUAUUUCAAGGCCUACCUUCAAACGCAGUGCUUUUUUGCUUGACAUCAUGGGAAAAUCAAAAGAAAUCAGCCAAGACCUCAGAAAAACCAGGCAGCCGUCAUACCGCUCAGGAAGGAGACGCGUUCUGUCUCCUAGAGAUGAACGUACUUUGGUGCGAAAAGUGCAAAUCAAUCCCAGAACAACAGCAAAGGACCUUGUGAAGAUGCUGGAGGAAACGGGUACAAAAGUAUCUAUAUCCACAGUAAAAUGAGUCCAACCGUGAAGCACAGGGGUGGCAGCAUCAUGCUGUGGGUGCUUUGCUGCAGGAGUACUGGUGCACUUCACAAAAUAGAUGGCAUCAUGAGGAAGGAAGAUUAUGUGGAUAUAUUGAAGCAACAUCUCAAGACAUCAGUCAGAAAGUUAAAGCUUGGUCGCAAAUGGGUCUUCCAAAUGGACAAUGACCCCAAGCAUACUUCCAAAGUUAUGGCUUAAGGACAACAAAGUCAAGGUAUUGGAGUGGCCAUCACAAAGUCCUGACCUCAAUCCUAUAGAAAUUGUGUGUGCAGAACUGAAAAGCGUGUGCGAGCAAGGAGGCCUACAAACAUGACUCAGUUACACCAGCUCUGUCAGGAGGAAUGGGCCAAAAUUCACCCAACUUAUUGUGGGAAGCUUGUGGAAGGCUACCCGAAACAUUUGACCUAAGUUAAACAAUUUAAAGGCAAUGCUACCAAAUACUAAUUGAGUGUAUGUAAACUUCUGACUUCAACUGUAUCUGACUCCAGAGCCUUCUAGCUGGGCCUGUCAGUGUGACUCUAGUCCCCUACUGUGACUGGCUGGUGGUCCUCUGGGCCUUAUUGGCUUUGACUGGAAGUGGCAGGUGUUAGGGCAGUUAGAGGAUGGCUAUAACCCUCUACCCUGUUUUAGAUUGGAACAGGGAGUACUGGUAGAGGAUGGCUAUAACCCUCUACCCUGUUUUAGAUAGGAACAGGGAGUACUGGUAGAGGAUGGCUAUAACCCUCUACCCUGUUUUAGAUAGGAACAGGGAGUACUGGUAGAGGAUGGCUAUAACCCUCUACCCUGUUUUAGAUUGGAACAGGGAGUACUGGUAGAGGAUGGCUAUAACCCUCUACCCUGUUUUAGAUUGGAACAGGGAGUACUGGUAGAGGAUGGCUAUAACCCUCUACCCUGUUUUAGAUUGGAACAGGGAGUACUGGUAGAGGAUGGCUAUAACCCUCUAACCUGUUGUAGAUAGGAACAGGGAGUACUGGUAGAGGAUGGCUAUAACCCUCUACCCUGUUUUUAGAUUGGAACAGGGUGUGUGUGUGGUGCAGCAGCAUUGGUUGUAUUGCCACUUAUAGUAUUGGAGCCAUUCUCCUGUGAUAGAACUUCCCUGUAUUCGCUCUACUCCCCAAGACAUCCAGAUCAAACACUGUUUCUCUACUCGUCUGUUGCUUUGUGGAUCUGGAUACUCCUCUCUGUGUCAUUGAGGUAACAGGAGAGGGGGAGGGGGGCUGCUGUUAUCGUAUCCCAUAUUCCGGUGGGAACUCUGAUAGUGAAGCGUAGGAGGCAGCCUGGGUGUGCCAGGACCAAUUUGGAACGCUCCAAGUGUUUGGAAAGCUGAUAGGAGGGGAUGGAUGGUGCUCCACUCUUCUCCUCUCCUCCAGUCCCGUACAGCCGUCUGCAUCUGUUCACUAAAGCCACCGAGACAAGAGCCUCUCUCUUCUCUCUGUCCAUCUGUCUCUGUAUCUAUCUGUCGCUUCUCUGUCCGUCUCGGGCAGAAGGAGACAUCUCAAACUUCUGUCUUUAAUCUCAACCGCUGGAUUCGAGUAUGGCCUACAUGGGGUUGGUUCAGUAGUAGAGUUGGAAGGAAUGCCUUCAUGUGUAUAGCUUACAUUUGCACGUACGCUUGCGAAUUGUCUUCAUUGGUCACAUAUAAGCACACAGUCACACUUGCACAUUCUCAUGCUUCAAGUUUAACAUUUCGCUCUCUCUCUCAGCACUCACUCUCAUUACUACUGACUCUGUCAAGUGGCUUUUCCAGUACAGUAAGUCGUUUCAGACGCUCUCUGUGGCUCUCUGUGCCCGUCACGGUGAUGGGCAUAACGCACAUUGGCACGGACUGGCAUCAUCGCUCUUUGCCCAUUGUCUCUCUCACCUCUGGUGCCCUCCACUGCAGGACCAGGACAGCUGCUGCUCUCUGCUCUCCUCAGGGAGCUCAAUGCUUCUUGUCAUUUAUCUCACCUGGAUGCACUACUGCUCAUACUAGGUUGUUCAGUGCUUGAGUAAGGAAGCCUUCACGUUGUAUGCUUACUUGCACGUCGGCGGUUUAUGGGCAAACAGAGCAUUGCACGUGGCAUCACUUCGCCAUUGCUCAUGCUUCAACAUUACUGUGCUGCCUGUUACUCAGAUGCAGGACCACUGACGUCUGAUGUCAGCUGGCUAUUAUCCGUACAGUGGAUGUAGCCUGGUUCUGGGGUAUGACACUGUGGUGUAUGUAGCCUGUUGAGGUGGUCAUCGUGAGACACGUCGGUAGGUUGCCUGGACUGAGAUGGGAGGACACUGCUGUAGUGAUGUCAGCUGGUAUGAGUUGGAGGCACUUACGGUAUGAUGUACUGGUUACUGGGGGUUUGGAAGGACACUGACGGUUGAUGUAGCCUGGUUACUGAGGGGUAGGAGGACACGGGUGUGAGCCUGUUCAGUGGAGCUUGAUUAGGCCUAGCUGGUUACUGAGGGGUUAUGGGGAGGACACUGACGGUAGUGAUGUAGCUGGUUAUGAGGGGUUAGGGGAGGACACUGUACGUAGUGAUGUAGCCUGGUACUUGAGGUAUGGGGAGGACAUGAUGGUAGGAGUAGCUGGUUACUGAGGGUUAUGGGGAGGACCACGGUGCACGGUAGUGAUGUAGCCUGGUUAAUGAGGGGUUACUGGGGGGGACACUGAUGGUAUGAUGUAGCCUGGUUAAUGAGGGGUUAGGGGGAGGACACUGUGACGGUAGUGAUGUAGCCUGGUUACUGAGGGGUUAUGGGGAGGACACUGAUGGUAGUGAUGUAGCCUGGUUACUGAGGGGUUAUGGGGAGGACACUGAUGGUAGUGAUGUAGCCUGGUUACUGAGGGGUUAUGGGGAGGACACUGAUGGUAGUGAUGUAGCCUGGUUACUGAGGGGUAUGGGAGGACACUGCGGGGUGUGAUGUAGCUGGUUAUGAGGGGUAUGGGGAGGAAAGGACACUGACGGUAGUGAUGUAGCCUGGUUACUGAGGGGUUAUGGGGAGGACACUGUGACGGUAGUGAUGUAGCCUGGUUACUGAGGGGUUAUGGGGAGGACACUGACGGUAGUGAUGUAGCCUGGUUACUAAGGGGUUAUGGGGAGGACACGUGUGACGGUAGUGAUGUAGCCUGGUUACGGAGGGUUAUGAGGGGACAAUGAUGUGUAGUGAUGUAGCCUGGUUACUGAGGGGUUAUGGGGGGAGGACACUGUGACGGUUAGUGAUGGAGGCUGGUACGAGGGGUUGGUUAUGGGGAGGACACUGAUCGGUAGUGAUGUAGCCUGCCUGGUUACUGAGGGGUUAUGGGGAGGACACUGUGACGGUAGUGAUGUAGCCUGGUUACUGAGGGGUUAUGGGGCGGGCAUGAAUGUAACUGCUAGUGUUCUAAGAAGGACAGGUCUGUAGGGAUGCAGCCUUGUUCUUCCACUGUAAUGUGAAUACUUCUACAUUGUGUUUGCCUAGUCAUUGAAGGAUAUUACAAGGACAUUGUUACAGCUCUGAUGCCCUAGCUAGCUCAAAACAAAAUGGGACCCUCUCAAUAACACAAUCCAUGAUGUAUCUGAGCCAAUGUGACAUUAAUGGGGUCAGGUCUGGUCGCUGGUGGCGGUGGAUAAUAUAUAGGAUAAGUGUUUCCCCAAAAUGAAUUUAGCAGGGGCGGGCCGCCGCUGCUAAAUCGUUGCCGCCACUCCAAAAGAUAUGAAAAUAAAUAAUAAUAAAUCGAGACGGUUAAAUGUUUUCAGUGUGAACUUAAACGACUAAAACCAGAUGUAAAGUAUGGGAGGAAAGAUAAUGGAGCUAUGUGUUUUUAAAUAAGAUCAUCUUUGAGAACUAACAAUUAGCUAAAUAAAAAAUAGACAGUCAGGGAGAAUCUAAAAUUCCAAAAAUGUCAUGGCAUGGGGCCCCCAUUGGUUUUGUUAUAAUGUUUGAGUCACUCAGAUAGCAUAAGAACACAGCCAAAAUGUGUAGAAUUGCAGGGAAUUAACAGGGUAGAGGGUUAUAGCUAGGUCACAGCCAUCCUCUACCAGUACUUCCUGUUCGUAGGGAAUUAAACAUUUUGUUUCUGCGGCCAAGACGACUGCCUCUAAGAUUUAUGGUCGGAGACCGGACCGCGCCGUUGGCCACGCCCACCCCCCCUACGCUAGCUUUGCCACCGCUGCUGAAAAAAAUCCUAGGGGAAACACUGGGAUAAUGUUAGCCUAAUGACUCUGGUGAAUAAUGUACAUGAUAAUGUAUAUCAUAAUGUUAGCCUAAUGACUAAGUAGCCAUGGGGAAAAUGUGGUCUGGAGACUGGCCUGUCUCCCCAACGUCCUCAAUGCAGCCUCCUCUUGUUUUGGAAAGCAGAAGUGUGUUCCUGAACACUGCAGAGCCAGCCAGACCAUGUGACUGUGUGUGUUCUGUCCUUCUCCUGAACCUUGGGGACCAAUCGGGCGCCUGACAUGGAUGGGCAGCCAGAAGCAUGGAAGUGUGUGUGGAACUCCAGGCUCCAUUUGGUCUCACAGUUCAGCUGAGGCCACAGGCCACUGUGCUUUAGUAAACCUGAGACCCUGUAACAGAAAACAUGGCUGAAUUCACAACCAUCGCAGGUCUCUGAAAAGAUCACGGUUUGGGGGGUCAAAUCCAUUUGAACUCAAUUCAGGAUGUGAUAGAAGUAUGGGGAAGAGAAUCAAAAUCCAGUUAAUCAAUAGAAAAACCCCAAAUAUACCAAGCAUUAUCUAUUCAUGAAACAAAUUCUAAUUCAUCUUCUGAUUCGUCAGUGAACAAUACAACGGCCUCUUUUGGAGUUUCUUGGCCAAUGAAAACCCAGUGUCUUUGUGUCACCACCAUCACAGUUCAAUUUGGAUCCUGUCUCCGGCUUCCUGGCCCACUAACUUCCCCCCUCUGGCUGUUCUAUUCAGGAGAGGGGUUGGGGGGGCAGCUUUCUCUGUAACACUGACAGAUGAACUAAUGAUGGUGUUCCUGCCAUUUCCCCAGCAGCCAGGGAGAGAGGAGAGGAGAGGAGAGGAGGACAGCACUCAUGGCUUUGAUUGAUGACUGUGGGCUUUAUUAAAACGCCUCCUGGCAUUGGCUUCUUUCUAGAAGGAAGCUUCCUCUCUGCUCUCCCUCCUUCCCUCCUAUUGAUUAGUCCUGUCUUAGCAAGAGAACAGAACCGUGGUUUCUUCUGCCAGAUGUUCUACUGAUCCUUGAGAGCCUGGUCACUGACCUGUGACUCUUUCCUCUCUUGUGGGUGUGUGUGAACUUACAGCUCUCGUUGGAAUCAGGAGAGCUUAGCAGGCUGGGAUAGACCCUUAAACCCUUUCUCCCCCUCUCCUCUCUCCCCCGCCCCCCUCUCCCCCCCCUAUCACCUCUCUUCCCUGUCACAUCCCCUCUUCCAGGCUGUGAGUCUGUGAUAGCAGGUCUAAUCUUCUGUUUGCCUUGCCAUUGUGCGCUGUACAAUAGGGCUGGCUGCCGGCUGCAGGACUAGGGGACAAAGGCUGCAGCACAGGGUGUAAUGAAACCUUGAGGUGACCCAGAGGGGUCAGAGAAGGGUUUCAGAGUUAGAGUGGAGGUUUGCGAGACUGAGUACAGAGGGAUAGAGAGACUGGUGUCAGAGAGCGGUGAGAGGGGUGUCAGAGGGAAGGUGGGAUAGAGAGACUGGUGUCAGAGGAGAGUGUAGAGGGACUGGUGAAGAAGGGGUCAGAUGUGAUGGAGAGACUGGUGUCAAGAGGGAUGAGAGCUGGAUGUAGAGAGAGAGGUGAGAGAUGGAAAGGGGUGUCAGAAGGGGGGUGGAGGGUGUCAGAUGUGAGGGAGAGAGUGCUGUCAGAGGGUGCUAGAGGGGGAGACUGGUGCCUGAAGUGGGCUGGCUGGUCUAGUUGCAUCAUUAGACUGACAUGCCCUGGAUGGAUUACAAAGUAGGGAUAUUAUUGCACCACCUGUACGUAAGCACUAGAUCCAUGUCCACCUCAGUUUACAAACCAGUGCAGCUAGAUGUUUGCUCAACCUACAUCAGCUAACACAGACAUUGUAUUGUAUCUGAGAUCUGUAUUAAGACACUCAACAGUGUGUACGCACAGCAAGCCAUACUCUACCCAGCACCACGCACCCUGUGCUGCUGACAUUACUCAUCUGCCAAGAUGCUGUUUGACUAGUGUUGGGAGGCACUGUCAGUCAAUAGGCCUAGAAUAGUGUUUGUAUGUAUAAUCACGCUAUUCAGAUGUAGGCCUACAGUUAUGGCUAAAUGUAGUUAUCUACACCCAUCUACAGUUCUGUUUAUCAGUGUGUGUAACCCGUACGACUGGUUCAUAUGAGCUGACACGCUAGAGCCCUGCAUGGGCAUGAAUUUGAAGCCAUAGCCAUGCCCCCAACGUUCAGGCCCUACCCUACCCGGCCCUGCCCUGCCCGAACCCUAAAUCAGAAAUAACUUCCUCCGUUUGGAUCCAUUAGCUGCUCUUCUGUCUGUCCCUCGCUCGCUCUGCAUGCGCUCUGUGCAUGGCUCUGCUUCUUAGUAUCCAUAGCAACGCCUCGGCUUGCUGUUCUGCUCAAUGACGAGACCGAGGGCAGUUAGCUGUAAACCUUUCGUCACUAUAAACUCUGACAAAACUCAAGGAAAAGUAUGAUUUAUUAUAUUUGAUGAGCUUGAAGUACUUCUGUCACCAUGAUAUGUACGACACAGCAGAGCACAAGCAAAUGGCUCUGCUUCAAAAUGUUAGUGACCAAUUUAGUGAUUCCCGGGCCCUGCCCGUCCCCUAGUUAUUGAUGAAGAAACCCGAUGUAUAAUGUCGGGUAGCAGAGCUUUUAUACACACACACCAUGUCACAGUGGUGUGGAAACAUCUGCUCACCACAGUGCUGCACACACCUUUUCACUUCCUGCUUUUCCCAAUCAUUUAGAACUGUUAUGAAGAAUAAAGGAAACAAAGACAGCUACAGCCAUACCGGUUAUAGACGGCUACAGCCAUACCGGUUAAAGACGGCUACAGCCAUACGGGUUAAAGACUGCUACAGCCAUACCGGUUAAAGACGGCUACAGCCAUACCGGUUAAAGACAGCUACAGCCAUACCGGUUAAAGACAGCUACAGCCAUACGGGUUAAAGACGGCUACAGCCAUACCGGUUAAAGACAGCUACAGCCAUACGGGUUAUAGACGGCUACAGCCAUACGGGUUAUAGACGGCUACAGCCAUACGGGUUAAAGACGGCUACAGCCAUACCGGUUAUAGACGGCUACAGCCAUACCGGUUAAAGACAGCUACAGCCAUACCGGUUAAAGACAGCUACAGCCAUACCGGUUAUAGACGGCUACAGCCAUACCGGUUAAAGACAGCUACAGCCAUACCGGUUAAAGACGGCUACAGCCAUACGGGUUAAAGACAGCUACAGCCAUACGGGUUAAAGACGGCUACAGCCAUACGGGUUAAAGACGGCUACAGCCAUACCGGUUAUAGACUGCUACAGCCAUACCGGUUAAAGACGGCUACAGCCAUACCGGUUAAAGACAGCUACAGCCAUACCGGUUAAAGACGGCUACAGCCAUACCGGUUAAAGACGGCUACAGCCAUACGGGUUAAAGACGGCUACAGCCAUACCGGUUAAAGACGGCUACAGCCAUACCGGUUAAAGACGGCUACAGCCAUACCGGUUAAAGACGGCUACAGCCAUACCGGUUAAAGACGGCUACAGCCAUACGGGUUAAAGACGGCUACAGCCAUACCGGUUAAAGACAGCUACAGCCAUACCGGUUAAAGACUGCUACAGCCAUACCGGUUAAAGGACGCCUACUUACAUAGGCAGCCAUACGUUAUCUAGGUAAAUAAGCUGGUCUUUAGCUGGGAACAGCUGUAUCCAACCGGUUAAGGACGUGUGGUGAAAGGCAGAAACGGACAGAGCGAGGUCAGAGGAGAAAGUAGCACGUAAGACGGGAGCGAUGGAUAGAAGUAACGCUGUGAAGGGCGAAGGGCAUUACAUUAUGAUGUCACAUAUGACCGAUGUGGGAAUGCUUGGCUGAUCUGUCACCCUCAGUCUCGCAUGAAGUCCCAUUAGCGUGACACACACACACACACACACACACACACUACGCUGCCUGUCUCCAAUACCCUCAGGGGAUGAACGGUUAGUUUGGCUCCACCCACCAAGUGUGUCACCUCCACCCUGUUUGUUCUCUUUGGGUGUGUGUGUGUGUGUGUGUGUGUGUGUGUGUGUGUAUAGAGUGCCUGUGUGUGUUUGGAGUGCCUGUGGGCGUGCUACUGACUAAGACAAUAGUAUCAUUAGUCCAUUAGGCCCCUGUGUGUGGCUGUCUGUGUAAAGAGCUCUUCAGACAGGGCCCAGGGUGGGUGUGUUCUCGUGCCCAAACAGCAUGAUAGGGUUUUAAACCUGAAUAGCUCCUCCUGUUAGGACAGGAGGGGUUCAAACUGGGACAAAACAGACAAAACACCUCAUGAGAGAGCAAGAGGUGUGUGUCCUUAAAGAGAGAGGUGUGUGUCCUUAAAGAGAGAGGUGUGUGUGUGUCCUUAAAGAGAGAGGUGUGUGUGUGUCCUUAAAGAGAGAGGUGUGUGUGUGUCCUUAAAGAGAGAGGUGUGUGUGUCCUUAAAGAGAGAGGUGUGUGUGUGUCCUUAAAGAGAGAGGUGUGUGUGUGUCUUUAAAGAGAGAGGUGUGUGUGUGUGUCUUUAAAGAGAGAGGUGUGUGUGUGUCUUUAAAGAGAGAGGUGUGUGUGUGUCCUUAAAGAGAGAGGUGUGUGUGUGUCCUUAAAGAGAGAGGUGUGUGUGUGUGUCCUUAAAGAGAGAGGUGUGUGUGUGUCCUUAAAGAGAGAGGUGUGUGUGUGUCCUUAAAGAGAGGUGUGUGUGUGUCCUUAAAGAGAGAGGUGUGUGUGUCCUUAAAGAGAGAGGUGUGUGUGUCCUUAAAGAGAGAGGUGUGUGUGUCCUUAAAGAGAGAGGUGUGUGUGUGUCUUUAAAGAGAGAGGUGUGUGUGUCUUUAAAGAGAGAGGUGUGUGUGUCUUUAAAGAGAGGUGUGUGUCCUUAAAGAGAGAGGUGUGUGUGUGUGUGUCCUUAAAGAGAGAGGUGUGUGUGUGUCCUUAAAGAGAGAGGUGUGUGUGUGUGUGUCUUUAAAGAGAGGUGUGUGUGCGCAUACUGCUUCUCCCUUAGUACUGUGUACCACAUGGCUAAAGGGAUGUUCUAACCCAGGGGUGUCAAACAUACGGCCCGCGGGCCAGAUCAGGCCCGCAAACGGGUUUAAUCCGGCCCGCGAGAUGAUUUUUAUUUUUUAAUUUUUUUAAGUAUAAAAAUGCGCUGCAAUUUUUCAAUAAAAUAAACUGCUGUUCCAAUUGCGUCCACUGGAUGGCGCAAUAGCAAUUGUGUUAAGCAAGCAAACUGUUUAUACCGGGGCAGAGCAAGUAGGUCAAGCACGUGCAGCCAAUGAGCUACUUUGUUUUGCCCGCGAUAUUUAUUACGGCUUCUACUUUUAACAUUAUGUGCUUUGGCACCCUCAUUGCCCCAAUAUGUCUCUGUCAAAAAAGAGAAAAGUGGACGCAGAGUGUUCCAAGAAAAAUGGUCAUCCUAUUUAAUCACGGAAUUGAAUGGGAAAGCUGUAUGUUUGGUGUGUUCAGAGCAUGUUGCAGUGCUGAAAGAAUAUAACCUUCGUCGCCACUAUGUGAGUCUUCAUGCCGACAAAUAUGACAACUUUCAAGGACAGCGGAGAUGAGAGAAGGUGAAUGAACUGUUGGCGGGUCUGAAGAAACAGCAGUCUGUGUUUACUCACAGCCGAGACAUCAGUGACGCUGCAGUGAAAGCUAGCUACCUCAUUGCUAAUGAAAUCGCAGUGGCUUCAAAACCAUUUAGUGAGGGUGAAUUUGUAAAAACAUGCAUGAUGAAGGCAGCGGAGAUUGUGUGCCCUGAAAAGCGGCAGGCUUUUGCAAAUAUCAGCCUGACAAGAAACACAGUUGCAGACAGGAUUUCCGAUCUUUCAGUGGAUUUGGACAGCCAGUUGAAGCAAAAAGUAAAGUCAUUUAUUGCGUUUUCGGUUGCAAUUGAUGAAAGCACGGACAUUACAGAUGUUGCACAACUGGCCAUUUUUUCAUCCGCGGAGUUGAUGACACAUUGACCGUCACCGAGGAGUUCGUGGAGUUGGUGCCGAUGACAGAUACAACGACAGCAGCUGAUAUUUUUACCGCACUCGUCGGCGCGCUGGACAGGGUCGGAGUGGACUGGUCCCGCGCUGUCAGCCUGGCUACAGAUGGUGCGCCCUCAAUGAUCGGGAAAAAAGCAGGCGCUGUGACAAAGUUCAGAGAGAAAGUGCAAUCUGCAAAUGGAGGACGUGAUUUUUUGACUUUUCACUGUAUUUUGCACCAGGAGGCUUUGUGUUGCAAGUCAUUAAAGAUGGAUAACGUCAUGAAGGUGGUCAUCCAAACUGUUAAUUUCAUCCGAUCCAGAAGCCUGAAUCACCGUCAGUUUGACAGCCUUCUCAGAGAGAAAGACCACAUCUAUGGCCUGCCAUACCACACUGAGGUAAGAUGGUUAAGCCGAGGUGCUGUGCUGAGGCGUUUCUUUGAUUUACGAGAAGAAAUUGAACAGUUCAUGGAAGAAAAGGGCAAACCAGUGUUAGAAUUUCAUUCCGCAGAAUGGAUGCCGGACCUUGCAUUUAUGGUGGAUGUUACAGAGCACCUGAAUAACUUGAACAAACAGCUGCAAGGGCGCAACAAAGUUGUCACGCAGUAUUAUGACAGCAUACGUUCUUUCAAAUUGAAGCUGUCAUUGUGGGAGACGCAACUUGCCGGUGGUGAUGCAGCUCACUUCCCCUGUCUGAAAAAUGUGUGCGCGACCCAACAUGUGGCAGACAUGAAGCGGUUAAAAGAUAAAAUAACUGGACUGUUACGGGAGUUUGAGCAACGCUUUCAGAUUUAUGUUUAUAUGUUUUUAUGUUGAUGUGCUAUUGUUUUUAAUUGAUUUUAUUUUAUUUGUAUAUUUAACCUAUUCUUGACUCUGUGGUUCUUGCACUUGUUUGGGGAACAGGAUUUCAUUAUUUUUAUCUACAUUUCUGCCUGAGAAAUGACACCCUGAUAUAGUUCUGUGAUCUGUGAAACAGUUCUGUUAAUCACUGAGGCAUUGUGUGUUUGUGUGUUCUUUUUCUUUAGAAUUUUCAAAUAAACUUGACGUGUUUUAUGAUUAAUAGUGUAUUGUGCUUGCACUAUUUUGGACACACUGUCCUCAGGCUCCAGCUUUAUGUUGUAUGUUGAUCGUAUUAAAACAAAGAAAACAAUCUGAAGUUGUUGUUUUUAAGUUAUAUAUACAGUGGGGAAAAAAAGUAUUUAGUCAGCCACCAAUUGUGCAAGUUCUCCCACUUAAAAAGAUGAGAGAGGCCUGUAAUUUUCAUCAUAGGUACAUGUCAACUAUGACAGACAAAAUGAGAAAAGAAAUUCCAGAAAAUCACAUUGUAGGAUUUUUUAUGAAUUUAUUUGCAAAUUAUGGUGGAAAAUAAGUAUUUGGUCAAUAACAAAAGUUUCUCAAUACUUUGUUAUAUACCCCUUGUUGGCAAUGACACAGGUCAAACGUUUUCUGUAAGUCUUCACAAGGUUUUCACACACUGUUGCUGGUAUUUCGGCCCAUUCCUCCAUGCAGAUCUCCUCUAGAGCAGUGAUGUUUUGGGGCUGUCGCUGGGCAACACGGACUUUCAACUCCCUCCAAAGAUUUUCUAUGGGGUUGAGAUCUGGAGACUGGCUAGGCCACUCCAGGACCUUGAAAUGCUUCUUACGAAGCCACUCCUUCGUUGCCUGGGAGGUGUGUUUGGGAUCAUUGUCAUGCUAAAAGACCCAGCCACGUUUCAUCUUCAAUGCCCUUGCUGAUGGAAGGAGGUUUUCACUCAAAAUCUCACGAUACAUGGCCCCAUUCAUUAUUUCCUUUACACGGCUCAGUCGUCCUGGUCCCUUUUCAGAAAAACAGCCCCAAAGCAUGAAGUUUCCACCCCCAUGCUUCACAGUAGGUAUGGUGUUCUUUGGAUGCAACUCAGCAUUCUUUGUCCUCCAAACACGAUGAGUUGAGUUUUUACCAAAAAGUUAUAUUUUGGUUUCAUCUGACCAUAUGACAUUCUCCCAAUCCUCUUCUGGAUCAUCCAAAUGCACUCUAGCAAACUUCAGACGGGCCUGGACAUGUACUGGCUUAAGCAGGGGGACACGUCUGGCAAUGCAGGAUUUGAGUCCCUGGCGGAGUAGUGUGUUACUGAUGGUAGGCUUUGUUACUUUGGUCCCAGCUCUCUGCAGGUCAUUCACUAGGUCCCCCCGUGUGGUUCUGGGAUUUUUGCUCACCGUUCUUGUGAUCAUUUUGACCCCACGGGGUGAGAUCUUGCGUGGAGCCCCAGAUCGAGGGAGAUUAUCAGUGGUCUUGUAUGUCUUCCAUUUCCUAAUAAUUGCUCCCACAGUUGAUUUCUUCAAACCAAGCUGCUUACCUAUUGCAGAUUCAGUCUUCCCAGCCUGGUGCAGGUCUACAAUUUUGUUUCUGGUGUCCUUUGACAGCUCUUUGGUCUUGACCAUAGUGGAGUUUGGAGUGUGACUGUUUGAGGUUGUGGACAGGUGUCUUUUAUACUGAUAACAAGUUCAAACAGGUGCCAUUAAUACAGGUAACGAGUGGAGGACAGAGGAGCCUCUUAAAGAAGAAGUUACAGGUCUGUGAAAGCCAGAAAUCUUGCUUGUUUGUAGGUGACCAAAUACUUAUUUUCCACCAUAAUUUGCAAAUAAAUUCAUUAAAAAUCCUACAAUGUGAUUUUCUGGAAUUUUUUUUCUCAAUUUGUCUGUCAUAGUUGACGUGUACCUAUGAUGAAAAUGACAGGCCUCUCUCAUCUUUUUAAGUGGGAGAACUUGCACAAUUGGUGGCUGACUAAAUACUUUUUUUCCCCCACUGUACCAUGAUUUUUCUGGUCCGGCCCACUUGGGAAUAGAUUUUCCUCCAUGUGGCCCCUGAGCUAAAAUUAGUUUGACACCCCUGUUCUAACCUAAUGGUCUAACCUAAUGGUCUAACCUAAUGGUCUAACCUAAUGGUCUAACCUAAUGGUCUAACCUAAUGGUCAGACCUAAUGCUCUAACCUAAUGGUCUAACCCUGGUCUAACCUAAUGGGAACCUGAACUUGAAAGACAUGAAUUGCUCUUUACCUGACUGAUGUAGAAAUAGUUUACAACAAACUGACGCUGGCGGAAUUCCAUUCAGUCACAUUGUAUUCUCAGAAUGCUUGUCGACAUCACUGAGGAUUCUGCUCUGUUGUCAUUCAGACAAAGGAGGGAUGUUGUUUAUCUUUGUUGUGACACAUCUCAUUUCACUCUUCAUUCUGUCGCCAUGCUGGCACCUUGUCAGUCAAAUGCCUCCACCUUGUUUGAGUUCCUUAAUUUACAUUUUACAUUUACAUUUUAGUCAUUUAGCAGAAGCUCUUAUCCAGAGCCACUAACAGUUAGUGAGUGCAUACAUUUUUUUUCUUCUCAUACUGGUCCCCCAUGGGAAACGAACCCACAACUCUGGCGUUGCAAACGCCAUGCUCUACCAACGGAGCUACACUGGACUGUAUAAUAACAUACAGGUGUUGAGCAAGAACCAGUUCUGUUGUCAAUAAUGACCAGCCCUAGGGUUAUUUAGUCUGUAACACUGCCAGAUUCCUAUCAUAGGGAUAGUCCUUUCAAAGCAUCCAUUCUAAUUACUAGCAUAGGUCUAGUCCUUUCAAAGGAUUCAUUCUAAUGCUCUAGAACCAGGUCAUCAAGGUCAAAUGAGGGCACAAUGU